UCUAAGGGGCAUGAGGACUCCGACUCCCAGGGGGACUUUAGAGAACGCAGGGAGGCCUGGUCCUGUGAAUAACCGCGCUGCAGCAUGCCCUCCUGGCCCAAUGACUCGGAGUGCCUCCCGCGUAACUGCAGCUGGGAGGAGACCUACAACACCACGAGCAGCGCCGACCAGCCCGCGCCUCCGCUCAACUACUACUCAAUCCCUCUCCUCGCGUUCAUCACCGUCGCCUGCUCGCUGCUGUUCCUGGUCGGAGUGGCCGGGAACGUCAUGACCAUCCUGGUGGUGAGCAAGUACAGGGAUAUGCGCACCACCACCAACCUCUACCUGUGCAGCAUGGCUGUGUCUGACCUGCUCAUUUUCCUGUGCAUGCCGCUGGACCUCUACCGCAUGUGGCGGUACCGGCCCUGGCGCCUCGGAGACGCGCUCUGCAAACUCUUCCAGUUCGUGUCCGAGUCUUGCACGUACUCCACCAUCCUGAACAUCACGGCGCUGUCGGUGGAGCGCUACCUGGCCAUCUGUUUCCCGCUGCGCGCCAAGGCUCUGGUCACCAAAAGGCGAGUGCGCGCGCUGAUCUGCGUCCUGUGGACGGUGUCCCUGUUCAGCGCAGGGCCAGUGUUCAUCAUGGUUGGAGUGGAGAGGGACAGCGUGGAACCACUAAACCUCACGUCCCGGAUUAAUGCGACUGGCUCGCUUUUGGACGUUGGGGACACUCGGGAGUGCAGGAUGACGCACUACGCCGUUGAGUCAGGCCUGAUGGGGGCCAUGGUGUGGCUGAGCUCGGUGUUUUUCUUCAUGCCGGUGUUCUGUCUGACGGUGCUGUACAGCCUCAUCGGCCGUCGCCUGUGGCAGAGGCACAGGGAGACGAACAUGAGCUCCCGCGUUGCUCACAGAGACAAGAGCAACAGGCAGACCAUCAAGAUGCUGGUGGUGGUCGUGUUGGCCUUCGUUCUGUGCUGGCUGCCCUUCCACGUGGGCCGCUACCUGCAGUUCCGCUCCCUGGACGCGCCCUCUCCUCUGCUGUCCGUGCUGUCCGAGUACUGCAGCCUGCUGUCGGUCGUGCUCUUCUAUCUGAGCGCGGCGGUGAAUCCGAUCCUCUACAACACCAUGUCGUGGAAGUACCGGGGUGCGGCGGCGCGCCUGUUCGGCCUGACCGACGGCCAGCCAUCCCGCUGCCGCACAGCCAGCACCUUGAAGGGCGACGGCUCAAACGGCUGGACAGAAUCCACCGUGAGCUUUUGAACCCAACCGUGUCGAGGAGUCAACCUGGAAGCCAUCAUUUCCUGUCAGAGAGCGGACAAUCUCCAAAGGCUUGCCUUUUGAUGAACAAGAGCAUGAACCGCAAAAGGCGAAGAUGCUUAAAACUGAAUUCUCGCGAAAGCUGGUUUUGCUCUUAAAUGUUCCGCGACGUGUCAGAUUCUUUCAGCAAGUGCCGUAACAUUUGAAAGUGGAGCGUAAACGACCUUCACACCGUCUGGAAAUGCUUCUUGGCCUGAAAAAUGGGAUUUAAAAAAAAAAAAAAAAAAAGGAGCAUUUUGUAUAUAUAAAUCUAAAUAUCACACAUCUACAAAUGCCUUAUACCGUAUUCUGGAUGACAAAGGGAAGCACUGUAGAAUUUUAAAACUCGUCGCAUUUCUCUGUACUCCUUCUUCGGAGCGGGGCAGAGGUGCAGAUCGUGUGCAAGCGUGUGUGUAGCUGUGUAGCAGGCUGUUAAUGAGGCAGACUCUGUGUUCUCCAUAUUUCCAAAGACCUGCAUGUUGAAUUUCCACUCCAUGCUUGCGCUGAUGCUGCAAACAGGGGUCACGGUCCCUGGCAUAAAAAGGGUGUUCUGUGCCUGAACAGCAGUGCUUUAAUUGUACUUUACCUUUUUUGGAUUGAAAGCUUUGUUUUUUUGUUUUUUAUUGGGAUGGGCUGAUUAGGGCUCCGGGGGUCAGUUCGCCCCUUUGCCAAUUUGUUACCUCAUUUUCUACCCACUCAUUGUCAUUUCACCCCUUCCUCCAUUUUGUAGCCAGGCACUAAUCGUUUCCCACUCAGUGGAUUUUUCUUGGCGGUAAAAUAUCAUAAGUCGGAAACGAUGGGUAUAUCACAAAUCAAAUCCUAUAAAGUUUUAACACAGUGUAUGUUCAUAUUACAAAUUAGAAACAUUACAAAUUGUCUCUAAUGUGUAAUGGCAAACAAAUUUUAGUUUAUUAGGAAUUGUUCUCUAAUGUUUCUGUUGGGGGAAAAAAGUGAUUUAUUUGCACCCAGGUAACACAAUUUUUUUUUUUUACUUUGCAAACUGAGCUAAAUAUACAAGAACAGUAUUGGCUGUGAACUUCUUGUGUCCAUCUGACAGCCUCUGACAUCAGCCUGAGGAAAGUUUGUCCCAUUUCUCGCUUUUAGCUCUGAAAUGUUUUUGAGGAUUGAAAGUCUUAAUAAGAUCAAGAUCUGGGCUUCCACUGUGCCUGGGGUUCUUGACGGUUCUUGGUGGAUUUACUCGUGUGUUUCGGGUCAUCACCGUGUUUCAGGGCUUCACUAUUAUUUAGACUCAGCCUGUGGACCGAUUUCCACACAGUGUGAUGACCUCCCGAGUCUGUCCACACUCGAAUCUAGUUUUUAAAAGGCUCAGGCUUUUAAUCUCACCAGCACUUUUUCUGGUGUGUGUAAUGUUCUCUGUAUGUAUAGCAACACGUUGCUGCCCUUCCUUCUGCUGCUCAGCUGGCUGAAAUAGACUAAAACGUUUUGUUUUUUUUUGUUGCUCACAAGAAAACUAUAUUCUAUAGUAGGAUUGCUGUAUUGGGAAUAAUUGUUUCUAAUUGGUUAUCAGCAAAAACAGAAAGAUCGUGGAAUAACUUUCCCUUUUUAAUCUGGGUACAAAUUGGCCCCUUGCCUAGAUUUGACGUAAAUAUCAGACUCCGUCCAUUGCCAGGCCUUCUUUCGACCUUAGAUUAGUCAUCUGAGGUUAAAAAAAAAGAGAGAGAGGGGGAAUCUGAUGAGGCACAUGUUUCUUGUUUUCACUAGAUUAUGAGAAUAAUCAUUCUGAACAUACUGUUCUAAGUGGAUUAGUCAUAUGUUUCACUGCACUGCAAAAAACACAAACAGCUCGAUUUUGCUGUAUAAAUCAACGUUCUCAUUUCCAACAGCUAAGCUCGCUCUGUAUUUUGGACACUUAUAGCGUGUUGCAGAUUUGACUUUUUCUUAUAUGCCAUCUAAAUGUGCUGCCAGCUGAAUGCAGAUGUGUGAUCUAUAUUCUUCUUGCAGUUCAUUUUGGUUUAUGAGCAAUGCACUAAUAAAAACAGUAUACUUUUUUAUUUUACCUUUUUCUUGUUUUUUUCCUUUUAAAGUUUGUUUCAGCUUUUUUUUCCCCCACGACACGCUAACGUUUUGCCUUCUCGCCACUUCUUCAGGGUUAGUUUUUGAGUAAAAUUUUCUACUUUAAAAAGCGAGCGCAAACCAAGUUUUGCCCGUUUUCCCUCCAGACUAUGCUCGCUGCAUCACAAAUCAUCUUCCGUUUCAUAUUUUACAUCAGUGUGUGUCAGUUGUACAUUUGUUAAUAAAUGGCAUUUUAAAGCAUUUGAACUG